UUUAAGGUUAUGGUGCAAUUUUUACGAUAUUUUUGAUUUUGUAUUUUGAAAAUUUUACAUGAAAGUAUCAAAAUUUUAAAUUUGUAAAUCGGAUACUAAUGUUGCUCGUGACUGCAUAACACGUUUUCAAAUCAUACGAGACCGUCCUAAUAUUGUACUAACAAUCUAAUGUUUGCUUGUAUUUUGUUAUCAUUCCAUUUAUUUUGAUUUGGUACUAAUUCUUACAAGAUUUAUAAACUGUAAAGAAGUACUACUUAUUGUGUAAAGUAAAGUUAGAAACUGUUCGCAUGAACUCCCAAUCUAAGUAAUCAAAUGUAAAGGUAUGUUCAUGAAUUGGUUGCAAUGUCUUUACCAAAAAUUAAGGAACAAAGUAGACUUUUGGACUUGUCUAGUGAUGAAGAGUCAGAUUUACAGCUAGAAAUUAUCCCAAACAGAAAAAGGAAAAUCACAAGAAAGGAACGUAACAGACAUGCAGCACCAAAAAUAGCAGAACCUAACAUAGGGCAAGAAGUACAAUGUGCACUUUGCUGGGCUGUCCGAGGCACCCUGCUACUUUGGCUCCUGAUGCUCACAUGGAUAUGUGCUGCGCUUUAUGACCAAGUCACAACUAUGAAGUACGAUGUUGACAAAGUAUCAACGAGCAGUGCAGGCGUCGGCGACGAAUUACAAGUAUGCCACACACAAGCAAAAGAAUUAAGAACGAAUGCGAGCGAACUUAGCGCUCGAUUAAACAAAUUGGAGCUCGAUUUCCAACAACUGUCGAAACAAAUGACACAGGCGGCGAAAGAGUUGAGCUCCGUGUCCGAACAGCUGUCUGCAGCGCCAAAAUUAGCAGACAUGCCGCGUCGCCUGGCGGAGUUGCAGCGGACCGUUGCUGACUUCGGAUCCCAGAUAAGCGGUUUCGACAGUUCACUAACGUCGACUCGCAAGCAAGCCGCUACAGCCACGUCGGGGGUCGAGGAAUUGAAGACUCUACUCUCACAGCUUCAAGGCAAAACGAACGAGACAAUCGCAAACCUAACAGUGACGUCACAGAAAGAGGAUGAAAUGAAGCAACAAAUAACUGCCUUGAAUACUACACUUGUUAGCAGGCUCGACGGGCUACAAGCGCGACUUGACGAUAUGAACAAGCCGUUAAGCAUAGUGGCACCAGUAAGCUCGUUGACACUCGCGCCAAGUGUCGCAUCGCCUGCGCCAGUCCCACCGUCUGCGCCAGUCGCUGGAGUUAACGCUUCAAUCCCAGGACCAGCAAAACCUAUCUUGCUCCAGUCAAAUUAAAGUAAGGCAUGCUCAUAAACUUGUCAACGUCCAUACGACAAAUAUUAUUUUUCAAAAAAAAAAAACAAUUGUCAAAAAGAUACCAUCCAAAUUAGAAAAUUAAUGGUAAGGUUAUGAUAUUUUUCUGAAAAAGUACUUCUGUUGGAUUUAAAACGGAAAACACACAGGAGCCUGGGCGGAUAGAAAUUGGACCACGCAAUCAGGUAAAAAUACAUUUCAUACUUGCAUAGUGUGUACGAUUUUAAAAAACACUAGCACCAGCAUAGGGAGACAAAAAUUUUAUCCUUCGAUUAAAUACACUGAUAACGUAUAAAAUAAAUGAUGACAGGGAAAUUGAGAAGUUUACCGCCUUUUGAUAUUACAGUUAUUUUAUUUGGACAAGGCCCGUGCACCCAUGCUCGGAGAGUGUAUAAAACUGGGUGAUUAACCUGGGAUAACCAGUUUGUACUUUCCCCGCAGAUAUCAUGUCUCCUGCCCGAUGCUAGCCGUGUAGAUGGUGUCAAAAAAAUGGUUUUAGCCAUGAACUCAUUUUUAUUUGGUAACUUGUGUUAUAUAGCCAAAUAUCCUUUUGAUACCAAUAAUGUCGUACAAAAGGACGAGAGUCCAUAGCUUUCUAGCAGUUUAACAACUUUCAUAAAACUAACUUUAUUCCAUUUUUUUUUGCUUGUCUUAUUAUGGAAACUAUCUGCUCAUAACUUUUUAGCGUAAAAGCAGUUAAGAGAAUAUAUAUAUUUUUUGUUUUUAUUUAUUUUAAAGCUUC